AUGUCUGCUGUAGAUACUUCUCUUGGUGCUGUAGAGCUUGGAGGAAUGAUAAUGAUGCUCCUUUACGGAAUCAUGGUGGCCCAGGCUUAUACUUACUACAAGUCCAGCUAUUCUGAUUCAUUGUUUCCAAUCAAUCUCCGUUGCACACAUUCACCUUCUCGUUGUAGAUUCACUGAAACAUUCCAUACCGCCAUCGUAGUGGCAUUUAUCUACAUCACUUCUGUCACAGACUACGGACAACCAUGGACCCUUAAUGCCGCACACUGGACUGGACAAUGGUCGGUUUCGAUCGCCAGCCUAAAUAUCGCCAUAAUACAGGGAUUUUUUGCAUGGCGUGUACGAUGCCUUUCUGGAAGGUGGACUAUUCCUAUACUCUCUUGGACAGGGUCCUCUGUACGAGUGGGGAGCUCAAUCGCAGUAGGGGUCCUAACGCAGCGCACAUCCCUGCUUUCCGUAUUUCUCGAUAAAUACCGGUGGUUGAAUACCCUCUGUCUUGGGAUUGGCGCUGCGGUCGACCUUCUCAAUACUGCUGCCCUGUGUUAUUAUCUACGAAAGGGCAGGUCCGGGUCGUUCAAUAGCUCUCAGGCAUUGAUCGAUACACUUAUCCUGUGGACAAUAGGCACGUUCAAUCUCCUGAAAUGCUCAGUCAUAUUAGAACUAACUUUGCGUGAAUACUAUAGAGACUGGGAUGGCCACCGCGUAAGUUCGUCCUGUUCCACCAUAAUAUGUGGCCUCAUCUGA